CUUCAUCCUUGGGUCAUACCUAACACUCCAGUUUACAUACUCAUAGAUAUUCCGGGCAUACAAUCGGCCUUUUGUACACCUUCUACGGCCUCUGUUUUGGUAUAUAGGCCUCCAACUGAUGGUACACCACGAGUUCAAAAGGCGUACGGGAUGCCACCAGAAAUGUCUCCGUUGCAAUUCAAUCAGCUUCUAGAAGACGUGUCUGCAUGGUGGGAAGAGCAUGGAAACGUGAAUAUGUUGAAAGUCAUACUUAGCGAAUUUAAAGUUAUUCCUGUAACAGUAAUGGAAGAUGAAAGUGAUCCACAUUUUCUCUUUAAUCAACUUAGGGGUAGUGGGCUUAUCAGUCGAGCAAACAUUGACGUCAUCAUCGAAAUCAUUGUAUUGGGUGGCCAAACUGGUGUGGAAUCUAAGAUCCAAAAAAAAUUACCGACAUUUCCCAGAUUAAAUGAAGUUGAAAUCAAGAAAUUUUCCAAGCAUCGACAAAAUUUGCUCGAAUUUGGCAAGGCUAUAAACAAACGUAGCAGAAAAUGCAUUGGUCGUUUGUGUAACCUGUUCUUACGCGACCUAAAGGACGAGUGGAUUUUGAUAUUGAAACUGGAAAGGUCACACCAACUUACUGAAGACCCAAAAGUUAAGGAAGCAUUUGUUAAAAUACUUACUGAAAAUGGUAUGGUAGUUGAAGCCAACGCAUUGAAUACAUUUCCAUAACGUAUUCCACAUCGACAAAAUUUAUAGAUGGAUUUGAGCAAGACAGAUACCGGUGUUAUAUAAGUUAUCAUUAUUGUAUUAAAGAAAGAAACACAAACAACAAUAGCAUAGUAAAAUAGUACUGCAAAAAAUAUAAAAUAAAAUAAAUAAAUAAAAUAAUUCUUGAUGCUGUGUUAGUUUAAGUUUCAAACUAGUAUGAUACAGAAUAAGAAAUAGACUAUAAGGGGCAGGUGUAUUCUAUUCGGAGAGCGGUACAAUACGUGCGAUGAUAUUAGGAAUGCAUUUAGGCACCCAACUCUUACAUACCAUACGUCAUCUACAAACGUAAAAUAUUCUGAACAUGACACUUAAUAAAGUGACUACUUUAGUAGUCUAUGUAUAUACACAUUCGCAAAUCAGACGCAUCGUCACUGACGGACGAGGCAUCAUAAUUUCAUCAUACUGAUAAUUAUUAUCAUCAACCAUGGCACUAUUUCUACUUUUAGUCUGGGUUUUUUUGGGACUCCUUUUAAGUGCGGCCAUUUUCAUAUUUUGUAAUCUGCAAUGAUUUCAGCAAAUUUUUUUUUAUUAAUUUUCACUUCACAUGCUACGUUUUGGGCACAUACUUCAAGAAGAUGCAUUAAAAUGUCCCCAAUCAGGUUUCAAAAACUAAUUGGGAAACCACUAUGCACAUAGAAAACACUAUAAACAUUUUUUUGUAAUUGCUGUAAUUGGAAUAUUCAUCAUAUAAGUAUUGUUAUUUACCUACGGUAUAAGGUAAAUCUAUUCUUUUAAUUGUCCUCUUAUCCGGGGGUAAUAAUGUUCAAGCACUUCGAGGUUGUGUCAACGGGAGGCGCUAUAUAAAUCCAGAAUUAUUAUUAUUAUUAUGCACAUCCUACUUUGGAUCGUGAUCAGAAUUUAUUACUCAUCUUCAAUAAAACAUGACAAACUGUACUGGAAAAUGUCAGUUUGAUCUAUUGAUUCGUUUUAGAGAUAUUGUUUUAGAUAUGUUAACAUUUCUAAACAUAAAAAACUAUUCUAUUAAUGGCAUUGAGAUCCAUUGAUCAUUCCUAGAGAUAUUUAGGUCGGGAACCUAAAUAUUUUAAUUGUCUCUCAAAGUCACACGUGAAUUUGGAUCUCCUUUUCAUUCACAUUUGUAUUUGGAUUGUAAACAUUUAUUCCUUAUUUGUAACUUAGUUAAACAUUCACGAAAUUUGCUCGAAAGAAUAGAAUAAAAAAGAAUAAUUGUCAGCUUAUAGAGUAGAUGUAUAUAUUCCGUGAUAUUAGUUGCUCAAAUCGUUUUUACACAGUUUAUUAGUUUUCACUUUUUUUGGUUAUCUGUGUUUUAUUGGGUUGAGCAUCUUAUCCAUAUCUUGCUAUUUCUACAGAAGAUUAUUCUUUCUUGGUAAUUUUUCUUUCAGACCUGGUCAUCCUUAAUAAUCUUAUCGAUAUAUCACCAAUUCCAUUUCACCCACCACUGACGAAACAUAGUGUUGCACAUACGUUCUAAAUAGUAAUACUUUAGUUUCAUAUUUUUUAAAAUUUCAUUUUAGUUUUAUAAUGAUAAUUAAUUUGUAGGUUCCGGUAAUGUUUGCAGCUCCGUCACUAUAAAGUAUGAUAUACUAUUUUAAUGUUUGAAUAAUAUGUUGGGGCUUAGAUAGUACAGACCCUUCAAAUUCUUGGAUUUACCACUGUAAUAUGAGUUUUGCUUAUUGUCUAAUAGAAUGCAUUUUCUUUGUAUACAAUACUAGGUGUCAAUACUAGGUGUCGGAAUUGUUCAAUUCCAGUUUCAUUCAUCACUACGCAUUCACCAUUUACCAUUGACAAAUGUCCAGUGUGUCCAAAAGCGAUAGUGUUUGCAGUUUUUACUAAAUUAUGAUUGAGAUUAAGUGAUUAAAGUGCUGUUCAAACAUGAAUGAUUAUAAUUAAAUGAUCGAAGAAAUAUCUGAAUAUAAUAAUAUUUACAGUACUCAGUAUAUUUACCAUUUUAAUUAGUUGGGUUCAUGAAAUACGUGGAUUUCAGAUUAAAUAAAUUUCGGUAUCAUGGUGUUUGCAUCCCUAUAUUUUAUUUAUAGUGGAAUUCUUAACUAAGGAAUAGCACCCGAUUUUGAUAUAAGUUAGUACAUAAGUAAUUGUUAACUUGUGAGAAGUAAUGCAAUUGACUAUCUGUUAACUUUCAUCAUUAGUCAUUAAUUAUCUCCGUUAGCAACUAGCCACUUAAUUAACCUUCUCUCCAGUACAAAAGGUUAGACAUACGGAGAAGUGGCGUACCCACUACUCCAGUAAUCAGUUUUUAGUAUUUGAACCAAAUCUUAUUAUCAAUUAAAUGAACUAUUUGUAUGAAAUUAAAAUAAGUGUAUAACUAGUUUAUAACUAUAUACUGCUUUGCUAUGUAUUUUUAAAACACCAACAAACGCAAGAUUUACUUUUGUGUAUGGGCCUAUAGUGAUACAGUAUAUGAUAUAGCAUCAUGAAGAAUGGAUGGUCGUGCUUUUGCGUAUUUCAAAAAAAAAAAAAAAAAAAUAAGUAUGAUAUUACUAUAGGGCCUAGUUUACAGGGAGUAGUGCCAAA